AUGGCGACGCAGCACGGUUCCGUCCAUGCCGAAAUAUCCCAUGAGCGGGGGAUGGGCGAAGAAACAAUGAUGGCCUUCAUCCACAAGUAUCUGAACAGUAUUCUGCAGCCGUUUGCUGACAGCGUCGACGAAUUGAAUGGUGCAGUGACCCAGUUAACGGCUGAUGUCGAGACCUUUGCCGGUCACGAGAAACAGCUUCAGGACCACGCACAAACACUGAAGGUGAUGCAGGCAGAGAUGAAGGCUGCCAAGGUGAGCAUGCUCGAGGUCAAGGAAAACCAACAGAAACAGUUUGCUGACGUCGACUCGCAGCUUUGUGCGGGCAAGAAGGAGGCGAAGAAGGUUAAAGAGGAUCUCUUCGAGCUGGAUCGCCGCCAUCGCGAAAGUCAUUCCAUGAUGCUCGAUGUGAAGCGGAUAAACGCCGCGGCCGACCUGGAAGUACGGAAACUGGCUGUCGAGGUGAAUAAUGUCGGUGACGUCGUCAUGGAGCGGGUGACUGGUCAGCUGGACCCUUUGAGGGCAGAAGUGGCGAGAGUUGUGCAGGGCAGUUCCCGGACAGAGGAGUCGUGCCGAAAGUCUGAAGAGCGGGUCCAGAAGCAAGGGGAAAGAUUAGAGACCUUCUUGGAAAAUCAUGGCUUGCAAAGACGUCAAGAGGAGCUGAGGGUCAAAGCAAUCCUCAAGUCGAUUUCGGACUUGGAUCACAAGCUGGGCCAGACCAAUGCGAAUCUCAAGCAGCAGGUCCUUCGUGCAAAAGAUACGGACGAGGAGCUCGCCACUUUGGCGCGCCGUCACGAUCAAACGAUGAGGAUGCAGGUUGUACAGGAGAGGCAGCAACAAGAGAGUAACGACCGCCAAGCGGUUUUCACAGGGAGGCUGGAUGGGCUUAGGGCCGACAUCCAAAACGUGAUGGAAAGCCUCGGCUUGACGGAAGGAGCGGCGAACUUGGUUUUGACGGUGGAGAAGUUGAAGGAAGCCUCGAGCGCGCAUGGCAAAAGCUUGGACGAGCUCCACGCUCUCUGCCGCGAUUAUGGUUCCGACAUUGUCACACUGCAAGAACGGGCGGAUCUUCUGCUGAAGGCCGAUGCCGUCCUUGAAGAAGAAGACAAGCGCAUCGAAGAGACUCUUGCAAAGCGCCUCCAGGAGCUGCAUGAAGAUUUUUGCCGGAACGAGGAGCGGGACCAAGACCAACUCAAGCAAGAGGCUGACACGAGGGCCCGGCAGCACGAGGAGUGCAUGAAGCGCAUUCGAUCGCAGGAAGAGGAGAGUGCCAAGCUGAGUGACAGUUUGAAGCCGCUGGAAGCCGGUCUAGAGAUGUGCAAGAGUAAAGUUCAAGUACUGGAAGGCAAGAUGGCUACGGCUGAGGAACAGGUGGGUGGUUUGAGCGGAACCAUGGAUCAGACACAGGAGUAUUGGAAGGGCCUGACAAGAGGAAUCCAGGAAACGUACCGAAAGGUUACACUGAGUGAAAGACAGCCAUUAAGGACCCCUCGCUCCGCAAAUGGAGAGAGCCAGCUGCCCUCAAGGGGAAGUGGUUCUGGGCAUGCACUUCCAGCUCUGACGAAGACCGUCUAG